AUGCCGUUCUUUUCAUCCUCUUCGACAUCGGUUAAUGAGAUAGUUGGGAGCCAUGGAGGCAGCUACAGUCGCAAGGAUUCAAAACCAGCUCCUCUUAAGAAAAAGGAUGCGGCACGAAUGAGACAACUGAGAAGGUCUAUAACCGACUAUACGAUCCCACCUCCGAGUCCCAGCUACCAGAAUUCGUUUCCAAAUGCUUCGCUAUCCCAGUUGGAUACGUCGUUGCCGCCUCCUACCUAUGCAGAGCUCGACGAGGUUCGGUUACCGCUACCAAGGUUUAAGGUUACACCACGGCCCGAGGAAGGAAGAGAGAUUUUACCUUCAUACAAAUGCAGCUUAAUGAAGGAGGCUAUUUUUGAGAGGAAGAUCGAAAUGGAAUCCCCAUUCGAGAGAUCUGGUGAUAGGAAAUGGACAAAAGUCUUCUGUGUUUUGAACAAUACAGUCCUGAAUCUUCACAAAGUCAAACGGACAGCAAUGAUCCCGAGACCGGAUCCAUUGGAGGAGGAUCCAGAUGACCCAACUGGAUAUGCACCUGGCCCGUUGAUCAAGUCUUUCACACUUCAGCACGCAGAAGUCGGAGCAGCAAGCGACUACAAAAAAAAGAGCUAUGUUAUCCGCGUCAGAGCCGAGACACAGCAGUUCCUUCUUGCUUGCAAGACCGUGGAAACUUUCUUCGGCUGGCUGGAGGCUUUGAGCUCUGGAAUUAACGUUGCUCUUCCCCUGGAAGAAAGGGCUCUGCCCAAAUACCAGACUAUCCCACGCAGACGCAGAAGAAGACAUAGGACACAAGAGACAGCGGUUCAGGAUGUUGUUCAACAACAGGAGGAGAUCAUUCGACGACAUUAUCCACAGCUUCUUCUGAGCGAUGAUGUCCCCGACAUCGGAUUCGUCGAAAUUGAUCCAACACUCGACCCUAAUGACCGACCGGCAACUAGUGGCGGGUUGGAUGCCAUUGAUGAGCAUGGUCAUAGUUCAGACUUAGAGGAGGGCCUUCAACCAUCCGGUAUCGCAACUCCGGUCUCACAUCUGGAAUCCCAUAAUGGAAGCCUUGUGGACCUUGGUUCCCUUCGCAUUUCUGCAGAGCAAGGCCAGGAUGUUGAACACAAUGGCGAGAUCCAUGGCGAGAGCAACGAAGGCAGUCGCACAUGGUACAGCAGCCGACCGUCUACCGCCGCCACCACUGGACCUAGCAACCCCUUCGCCAACCGUGGUCAUCUUGCCGGUUUCGCUAAGAACACCACCGCUUCCGUCCAUGAAGGCCAGACUCGUAAAUGGCGUGGAGGCCCUCCAGCAACUAGGGAGCAGCAUCUUCGAUUUGCGAAGCGGUGCAUGUCUGUUCUCAAUGCCAACACUCCUCGUCAGAGCAACUUUGUCAUCGAGAAGGGCAUCCGAUAUGAAAUCGUUCCGGGACAAUACAAGAUGAUCCCAGACGGUCGUAUCACCCUUCCCUCGUACCAAAAUCACAAGCCGCAUGUCUACGCCCAGGCUGCAUUAAUUGACCUAUAG